GAUGGAGAAGUGGCUGGCAGGGCCAGAGAAGAGCCACCAGGGAGCAGCUGUCUGAGGAAGGUGACACUGAGGGAAGCUGCUCCCAGGGACCCAAAGAACCACUGUGUCAGCUAGCCUGAGGAUUGGGACUUAUCCUAGCAGACACCGUCCACAGAGCCCAGGAGCCAUCUGAGGUUGCAUAAGGACCGUUGUUCCGUGGAGCUGGGUCUGCCCUGACUGCAGCAUUUGCCUGCAGUGACAAACACCCAAACCAACAAGCUCUUGACUUCAGAUGUGACUGGACUGGAUGCUCUGAGCCAUGGCAGAUACCAUCUUCAGCAGUGGGAAUGACCAGUGGGUCUGCCCCAAUGAUCGGCAGCUUGCCUUGCGAGCCAAGCUACAGACAGGCUGGUCUGUGCACACCUACCAGACGGAGAAGCAGAGGAGGAGCCAGCGCCUGAGCACGGCUGAGUUGGGGGCCAUCCUGCAGGUCAUCCAGAGAGCCGAGCAGCUGGACGCCCUGGAGCAGCAGAGAAUCGGGCGGCUGGUGGAGCGGCUGGAGACCAUGAGGCGAAAUGUGAUGGGGAACGGCCUCUCCCAGUGCUUGCUGUGUGGGGAGGUGCUGGGCUUCCUGGGCAGCUCCUCGGUGUUCUGCAGAGACUGCAGGAAGAAAGUCUGCACCAAGUGUGGGAUCGAGGCCUCUCCUGGCCAGAAGCGGCCCCUGUGGCUAUGUAAGAUCUGCAGUGAGCAAAGAGAGGUCUGGAAGAGGUCAGGGGCCUGGUUCUACAAAGGGCUGCCAAAGUAUAUCUUGCCCCCGAAGAGCCCGGGCUGGGAAGAUGACCCCCGCUUCCAGCCUUUCUCUGUGGAGCCAGCAAACCCAGAACCCAGAAGCACUGAGACCAGCCGGGUCUACACGUGGGCUCGAGGGAGAGUGGUUUCCAGUGACAGUGACAGUGACUCAGAUCUCAGCUCUUCCAGCAUGGAGGACAGACUCCCGCCUGCUGGGAUCAGAGCCAAGGAAGGCAGCAAACCCGUGGGGGAGCCAGGUGGCAGAAUGGAGUCUCCCAGGGUGGGCCUCGCCCAUCCACCCCGGCACCCCUCGGGGAGCCAGAGCAGCCUGGCCAGCGAGACCGAGGCAGGAGGCUCUGCAGACCCGCAGGGGGGCCCCCGCCCCAGCGUGAGCCCAAGGGCCCCGGCAAAAGACACACCUGGGGGAUUCCCCGCUGCUGAUGUAGCCUUUGAGGGAAGGUCGGUGCAUGGAGCCAACCUGCCAGUGGGAGACUGAAGCAAGAGAAAGCUGGAGCCAGGCUUCCUGGAGCCUCCUGGACUUCGACUUAACAAAUCAGUGUUUGGGGGCCAAGCCUCAUGCCCCCACCUAGUGCCUUUCUGCACCCCUCCAUGGGGAGCCUUCCUCAUCCACUAUCCCCCCCAGGGGGGCUGUGAUCUUUAUUUAUUGUCUCCUUCCCACACAUGCCCACUACUCUGUGCUUUGGUAAGUCCUGGGUUGGGCCAGAAGGCUUUGGGUCCCCUCUUGUGGGGCCUCCUGUAUGCACUGAAGUUCUAGUAGGGAUACUGCAUGGGCCCUCUCUGUGUUUCUUUUAAGGACAAGAAGAACUGUAACCCUCAUGUGCCCCUCAAAGCUGAGCUUGGCCCCUCAGGGUGAGUGCAAAAGCCCAGAGCAGGUGGGAUGAGAGAUAAGCCAAUCCUCUCGCUGUCCCUCAGCUCCCCAGAGCUGGAGCCGUGUCUGCCUUCCCAGGAGACCGGGUCCUUGUUUGGUUUCUUUGAGUCCCUCCAUUGACCUCUGGGCUUUCACUCAUCCCGAGCACACGCCUCCCCUAAGACAUGAAUUCACUUCUCAGUAACUUGGGUUGGGUGUGAGAAAGCACUCAAUUCACAGCACAGCCAAAUGCUUCUGGAAACCUUCCCUGAAGAGAAGGCCAUGCAUUCGUGCACGUUGGUGUCCUCACCCUGCUGCCCUUCCUGACCCCAAGGGAAUGGGUUCUCCAAGGGCUCUCUCUGCCCCAAAUUCUUAGUGCUUCGCCCUUGCCAUGUUUCCCUGGGACGUGUUAUGCUUCAGAGUUAAAACAAUAAAAGAUUAGAAUUUGCUUUGAGCUGA